AUGUCUCUACGUCCACGCCGCUCGGCUGCGGCAAAGGCCAAGGAGGUCAUUUCUGUACAUGCCAGGUGGGCUGACUCAGAUACACCAGGCGAUAGCAAUUCGGCCAUGUCAUCUCGCCGCUCCCAUCGGGUCUCCCGUGAUGGCCCCGCGUCGCCAGGUGAUAGCCUGACUGUCAAGGUGCCCUCUUCAAGAGCUCGCCAAGCGACGCGGGGCGGGUCCCGCCGCUCGGAUCCAUUUGAAGGAGGAGAAAUCAUCCAUGGGAAACGUGAUCGCGGAGGCAAAAAGAGCUACGUGGUCGAUUCAAGCCCGGAUGACGAGGAUGAUGAGGAUGAUGAAAUGGAAGAACCCGAAGAUGAGGACGCUGAGGGGGAGGAGGACAUGGAUGUCGACGCAGAGGGGGAAGAUGCCGAGGGCGACGUGGAUAUGGACGUUGCGCCACCUUCUGCAGGCUCAACAAUUAAGAUCGCCCGCCCAAGCUCCAAACCGUCCGCUCGGGCCAUUGUACCGGACGAUGAUGAGGAUGAUGAAGAAGAAGAGGAAGACGAAGAAGAUAUUGAUGACGACGAUGACGAUGGCGACCUGAGCGAUCCAGCAGAUAGUGAUGGUGCCGAACAGACGCUUGGGCUCGGGGAUGAGACAAUGGCCGACGAGGAUGCUGAAGGCGAAGAGAUUGAUGAAGAAGGCGCCACGCAGAUUGACGGACAAGACCAAGGCCUUGAUAGCGAUGACGAGGACGGCAGCCAAGACGGUGAGCUAGACCUCGCCAAGAUGACCAAGCGUCAACGUGCGCGCUUCGAGGAUGGACCGCAAGAAUUUAUGAAGCUAUCUGAUGAGGUGCAAGCAAAGAAGGUAUUCACUGCUGAGGAGCUAUCCAUGCGGCGGCAAGAAAUGGCCCGGCGCCGGAGGAAUCUAAGCGAGAAGAGGAACGAAGAAGUAAAGAUGGAAACUAUCAAUAAGCUCCUGAAGAAGCAAGCACCAAAGGUCAACAAGAAGGCUGCUGCGGCUGCCGCCGCCGCCGCCGCAGCAGGUGGUGAGGCCACACCCCAAGAUAGCGGCCCAAAGGCUAGUCCCGUAUUCGUUCGCUGGGUCAGUUCAAAGAACGGUACGCGCGUCUCUGUCCCUACCGAGAUGUUGGAAGGACCCGUUGGGAAGGUCUUCCAGACAGAAAAAGACGCGGUACGGGCGCAGAGAAUGGUGGAGGAAAUAGCGUAA